CGCGAGACGCCGUGCUGCUUCUGGAGCUCGUUCGUUCGCUCGCUCGUUGCUGCCUCCGCGGCGACGGGUCCACAGCCGGCGGGGCCUGCGAGGCCUGCGGGGCCGGGCCCUUCCAUCCGGGAUGGGCCGGGACGCAGCCGGGACCGCCGCCAUCGUUAUCAGCCGGGAUCGUGCGAGGCAAAACCCAGACGGAACCGGGGCGAGUACAGUUAUUACAGAACUGGACACUAAUUGGAUGACUCUGAAAGACGCUGGAGCUCAUUAGGGGAGAUCCUGUCUCGGUGAUGCCCCCCCGCCAUUGGCUUUUCUCUCAAGCUGUUCUGAUUGGGACCAACACACACUUCUAUUUAUGCUCGGGAAGGUUACUCCAGAUAUGACCACAUCGUUUGCAUCGUCGAAAGCCCAAAGGAACAGCAAGAUGUCCCAGUAACCGUUGUCCCUAACAGGGCCAGUCCUGAAAACCAUGCAGUCAUCCGGGCACAGGUUGCGUGAAGUUGAACACCAUCCGCUUCUGGCCGAGAACGACUGCUACGAUUCAUCAUCCGCGUGUGACGCGGGAGAUCGCCUCUGGUUCAUCCGCGACAGCUGCGGGAUGGUCUGCGCAGUGAUGACCUGGCUUCUGGUGGUCUACGCCGACUUCGUGGUCACCUUUGUCAUGCUGCUGCCUUCCAAAGACUUCUGGUACUCCCUGGUCAACGGAGUCCUUUUCAACGGCUUGGCUGUGCUUGCGUUGUCUUCUCACCUAAGAACCAUGCUGACGGAUCCAGGUGCUGUUCCCAAAGGAAAUGCGACAAAAGAAUACAUGGAGAGUUUGCAGUUGAAACCAGGGGAGGUCAUCUACAAGUGCCCCAAAUGUUGCAGCGUGAAGCCAGAACGUGCCCAUCACUGCAGUAUUUGCAAACGAUGUAUUCGGAAGAUGGACCAUCACUGUCCGUGGGUUAACAACUGCGUAGGGGAAAGGAACCAGAGGUUUUUCGUGCUUUUUACUAUGUACAUAGCUCUAAUUUCAGCUCAUGCCCUCAUCCUCUGUGGGUUCCAGUUCUUUUCCUGUGUCCGAGAUCAGUGGAUUGAAUGCAGUAACUUCUCCCCACCCGUGACGGUCAUUCUGCUGAUCUUCUUGUGCCUUGAAGGGUUUCUGUUUCUGACGUUCACCGCCGUCAUGUUCGGCACCCAGAUCCAUUCGAUAUGCAACGAUGAAACGGAGAUCGAAAGGCUGAAGAGCGAGAAGCCCACCUGGGAACGGCGGCUGUGCUGGGAAGGGAUGAAGUCGGUCUUCGGGGGACAACCGUCUCUGCUGUGGAUAAAUCCUUUCGCUGGAUUUCGAGUCCGGAGGCUGCUACUGAGGAGGGCCAAGAAAGGAGCGCCCGAAUUUUCCGUCUGAGCCCGCCCAAUCAUGCUGAAACCCACACGAGGCGGGUGGGGUGUUUUUAUGGGGGGGGGAGGAGGAGGAGGUGAGACGGGGUGGGGGGCAAGCCACAACCCGGGUCUGGCGGACUUUAUAACAAAAGUAUCCAAACAAACAUUUUGCUUGUAGCAAGCAAGAGUUUUAUACCUUUGAUAGCCUCCAACGUCUCUCUCUCUCUCUCUCUCUCUGGAACGGGGAACAUUUGCCACGCCUGGCUUCCAUUGCACAGAACAAACCAAACGAUGAGGGGGGGGAAAACGGGGACAGUCCUGCCGAAGAAGUCCAAAUAGCAUCUCCACUGCGGUUACGCGAUUCUAGAAGAACUGCAAUUGUUUUUUUUACAUUUUUCACCAGGUCUCUUCGUUGGGGAGUCUGUGGGGUUUUCUCUUUUUUUUUUUCCUCUCUCCACUUUUGAAAAGACUGUUCCUGGAGCUGCCGUUGUCAAUCAAGAGACACCGUUGUCAAUCAUGAGGUACCAUUGUCAAUCAUGAGAUACCGUUGUCAAUCAUGAGAUACUGUUGUCCAUCGUGAGACGCUGUUGUCCAUCACGGGACGUGCUGGAAACAGCUGGCCAAACCAAAUCUCCGAAACCAGAAGUUUCAGGAUGGCGUCUGGUGCCACGGUAUCCUUUCUUCUUUUCACCCCGACGAGGCCUGUGAGCUGUGUUAGGGGUGGGCGAUUAUCUCACACAGCUUCUGAUUUUUCCCACGAGAGAACCCAAAGCUUGACAGAGCGCGAGGCUUCAAAUUUCCUCACCUCACCGGAUCAUUCCUUUUCAGGUUCAGUAUCAGUUCAGUGCUAAAUAGGGAACAACCCUACAAACUCUAAGCUACCGUCUGCUUGGGUCAAACGGCUGUUUUUGUUCUCAAUUUAAGGGAAGUCCUCCGCUAUUUGGGGAGGUCAAGAAUGGCUUUUGAAGGAAAAGGAGAGGGGGGGGGUUGAAACCUCUCAAAGUCGGCCAACUCUCCGUUGUCUCUUUCUCCAUCGGGUCGUCGUCAAAUAAGCCGGCAGGUUUUUCAAACAGUUUCCCCACCCUUCCGGGCACUGGAAGUGGUGCUAGGGACACAGGAAACGGGUCAUUGGAAAGGAAGUCUCUUCUGAAGCUCAGCAGAAGUUAGUCUGGAAGGUCAUCCAUGAAGACGUUCCUCAAGCCAGUCCAUUUGUUUUUGAAGAAGCUGCCUUAGAUUCCCCAGAGUACAGGUAGCCCUUGACUUACAUUCAUUUAGUGGAUCCAUGGCUGACUGGGGAAAUCUGGGAGUUGAAGUCCAGGUGUCUUUAAGAGUUGCCAAGGUUGAGAUACAUUACAAGAAGGGAAAGUUCUUUAAAAAAGGUUGAAAAAUGUUGUAAUUAAGGAAGUACCUACGAAAGGCAGGUGGGCAUUUAACUCUGCAUAGGAUUCAGAAUGAAAUUCCACUUGUUUCCUAAUGGUAAUUGGGCUUAAAUUAUGCUUAAAGUAAAAGACAGAGAGGCACAGCUGCCUUGUAACCGGAAGAUUCAGUACAACUCUUGAGUUAUGUAUGUGUAUCCUGAUUUUUUUUAUAUAAAAAAUGAACUUCUUUUAAGAGUUGUCUUAACUCUAGUAGGGAUGAGUUCUUUUUGUUCUAGUAAUGGCAUCGCAUGCUUCUACCCCCUUAGUUGGGCAUCUACAGAGGGCGGCAAGAGGAUACCCGUGUGAUGAAGGUGUCGCACAAAUGUUGGCGCUUAACAUGCUUGUGUGUCUGAGGUUGAGUUACAAGUUCACCAGAGCUGCAUUGGCACAACGAGGUAUAUGGAUUAAGGAGGGCUUGGAGUGGACAUCCCUGGGUCUGUAGUUGACCUCUCAGAGAAAUUCUUGACUUGAGUGAAGUUCUCUGAGUGUUAGGUGGAGCAUUUGCAGGUAGGAUCGUGGUUCAGCGGUCAAAGAUGCUGGGCUAGCGGGCUGGAAAGUUGUCAGCCCAGGUUUGAGACCCAAGCGCCACAUGAUGGAGUUAGUUCCUGUAUUCGCUCCAGCUACUGCCAACCUAGCAGUUCGAAAGCAUGCAAAUGUGAGUAGAUAAAUAGGUACCACUUCGGUGGGAAGGGAACAGCGCUCCGUGAUGUCAUUCUGGCCACACAACCGUGGAAAUAUCCUCGGACAGCGCUGGCUCAAUGGCUUUGAAACGGAGAUGAGAGAUGAGAACCCCCGUAGAGUCAGCUGUCAACUCAUAAAACAUUCCUAUGCCUGUUUUAGUAGUUGCUAUAAAAAGGGGGGGGGGAAUUUGGAAGAGCAGUUGAAAGCGAAAGUACAUUCCAACUCUUCUCUUUAAAAGAUUGUAACUAAAAUACCAGAGCUUUUGCCCGCGAAUAUUUUUAAUUGGAGAAGGUGAACAAUGACACCCAGCCUGUGAAGGUGCUCAAUUGGAGAAUCUGAUUUAUGACACGCCCAGGGAGGAGGGGGGAAACAGGGUCACAGGGGACUGUGAAUGAUGUACACCAGAGUUGGCCUCAUACAGGGCAGCGGCAGUAUGUCGCCUUUAAUGAAUCCUUUGAAGUUCUUUGAAGUUUGGCUUGAGAAUCAUGAUUUAAUUAGAGCGAUAGCUGGAAUCCUGACAUCAGCAACAACUAGCAGAGUAAAAUUCUGCAGGAACCCCUUUUUUUACCUUAGCAUGUAGAAAGAGGGAUGUAUAACGGGCUUAGACCCACUUCUUGAGUUGAAGGCCGUAGGGUGUGACCCUCCCGGCGAAAGCAGCAGGCAUCGGUUCCUAUCCCUCGUAUUGGAUCUCUGUUCUUGUGGAUAACCCUCACCUGAAAUCCAGUCUUCUCAUUUGCCCGUGGAUUUUGGCAAGACAACCUUUGGCCCACCUCACUGCUUGUUGUAUAGUGCCUUACCUUUUUGUGAGUUGGGUUGCAUGCUUAUAAGACAGCGCUGCACUUGUAGGAUACUCCCCUCAGAUCCUUCCUGGGGCAUGCCAGCAUUUAAAAAAUACCCAGAAUUGAUGGAAAAGAGGUGAGGAAGGAGAGAGGCCAAACCACAGGUGUGUCCUUCGGUAUGUUUUUAAAGACGGUGUAGGUGUUUCUCCUUUCGCAAGCCAAAUCUAGUGUUUCUUCUCCUUUCUGAGAGAACUUGGUCUACCAGUAUGUCCACCAUGGUGUUAAAGGAGGAACCCAAUCCUCCAUUCUUAAGAGGCAUGUCAGGCUAAUAAGCAUAUUAAACAUAUCCACAAAUACUUUUCCCUGAUACCGGUUGGUACCGCCUGCUAUUUUUAACAUCUGCCGUGCAGAAGAAAUAUCGCCCGUUGCAAAUGAGCAGGGUCUUAGCAGGGGUAAGAUGUUUAGCAUUUACAGAAUCCGACCAAGGAGUGCUUGGUAGAUCUUAGCAAACUCUUCUCAGUCAUCUAAAUAAAAUUUAUGCAGUUCAGUCUUAGUUCGAAGUUAAUCCUUGCCAAUGGAAGAAAAUGCACCACAUGAUAAAAAGGUGAAAAGCAGAUCCAGUUCAAGAUCGGUUUGAGUUCUACCAUUUGAGAAUUGGGUAUAUCGACCUUUCCUACAUAGGCCGCCUCAGGUGGGACUGUCCUUCUGAAACUUGGCAGGUCAUGUUUAAAUAGCUGAUUAUGUCUCUGAUUUAGCAAAUAUAUGUGUGGAAUGGAUGGAAACAAUGUUCCUUGGUUUUCAGGUCCUCGUUCUGUUGUACUUUUUUUUUAUAUAAAAAUGUGGAAUAAAGUUAACUGAAGCUUUGUUGACUAGCACCAGGCAAA